UGAAAGCACGCCCCUGUUACUGAUGCAAAUAUGAUUGGGCACUAGAAGUUGAGCUCACCCGCUGGCCGCUUCCGUUCCUCCGGCCAGACCCUCUGCAGCUCUGCCGAAGAGAGCCUGGCGGCCUCUGCUCCCCUGGCCUCUCCUGACUAGCGGUUGCGUAGAGCGAUGGGCGCUGGUGAAUUCACCCCUGCUCAGCACCGCUUAUCACCCGCUCACCGCCGGCGCCGCUCAGCAAGCUUCCCUCACCGCUGAUGCCGCUCAUCCCCCCCCUUCCCCGGCUCACCAAUGGUCCGGCACAUCACCCUUCCCCCCCGCUCACCGAUGGUCCCGCACAUCACCAUCCCCUGCUCACAGAUGGGCGCCGCUCACCCCCCCCCCCCCCCCCUCCCGGCUCACCGAUGGUCCCACACAUCGCUCCCCACACAACCCCGCUCACCGCUGGGUGCCGCUCAUCAAGACCCCGCUGCUCACCGCUGGGUGCAGCUCACCUCUCACCACCCCCAGGCACACACCUCCUCACCCAUGGCUCACAGGCAGACACCCCCCCGCUCAUCAACCACAGCUCACCUCUCAUCACCCCCAGGCACCCCCCCCCCCCCCACAGCUCACAGACAGCCCCCGCUCAUCACCCACAGCCCCCAGGCAACCCCCCUCCGCUCAUCACCCACAGCUCACCUCUCAUAUAACCCCCAGGCACCCCCCCCCCCCCCCUGCUCAUCACCCACAGCUCACCUCUCAUCACCCCCAGGCACCCCCCCCCCUGCUCAUCACCCACAGCUCACCUCUCAUAUAACCCCCAGGCACCCCCUCCCUGCUCAUCACCCACAGCUCACCUCUCAUCAACCCCAGGCACCCCCCCGCGCUCAUCACCCUCAGCUCACCUCUCAUCACCCCCAGGCACCCCACCUGCUCAUCACCCACAGCUCACCUCUCAUCACCCCCCCCCAGGCAGGCACCCCCCCUUCCCCUGCUCAUCCCCCACAGCUCACCAAUCAUCACCCCCAGCACCCCCCUUCCCCGCCGAUCAACAAAGCUGCUCACUGCUUAUCACCCCCCCUCAUCACCCCCAGUUCAGCGCAGCUCCCUGCUCAUAUUCCCCCCCCCCCCACUGCUGCCCAACGUUCACCUGACAGCUAAGCUGAGCUGUCAGCUGGAGAGAGCACAGGGGAAGCUGUAAUGCCGGGCCCGGGGCUUCACUGACUCUAUCCUGCGCUCACCCCCCUGCUGGCGGCUCAUUGAAUGUCGGCUGGGGGAAGCUGCAGUGCUGUGCCUGGGGCUCCGCUGAGAGUGCUGCGCUCACCCCCGCUGGCGACUCAUGUGAUGUCUGUAUACACCACAUGAGCUGCCAGUGGGGGUGAGCGCAGCAUAGUCAUUCACCAGAUGAGCCACCAGCAGGGUUGAGCGAGUGACUACAAGGACCUGUAUAUGGCCCGGUUGCCCCAUGGGUGCUCAUCAUUUUCCGUGGGUGCAUGCUAUUUUGCCUACUCUCCCCUCAGCUCCAUCCUUCCCCCCAAGCAGCUCUUCCGUAGUGUAACGUGUAUAAGCGGCUAUCCUGUGGUGUAACGUGUAUAAGCGCCUCUACUGUGGUGUAACGUGUAUAACCGGCUCUUCUGUGGUGUACUGUGUAUAAGCGUCUCUUCUGUGGUGUGACGUGUAUAAGCGUCUCUUCUGUGGUGUAACGUGUAUAACCGGCUCUUCUGUGGUGUAACGUGUAUAACCGGCUCUUCUGUGGUGUGACGUGUAUAAGCGUCUCUUCUGUGGUGUAACGUGUAUAAGCGUCUCUUCUGUGGUGUAACGUGUAUAAGCUGCUCUACUGUGGUGUAUCAUUUAUAAAGGGAUCUUCUGUGGUGUAACGUGUAUAAGCGUCUCUUCUGUGGUGUGACUUGUUUAAGCGUCUCUUCUGUGGUGUGACGUGUAUAAGCGUCUCUUCUGUGGUGUAACGUGUAUAACCGGCUCUUCUGUGGUGUAUCGUGUAUAAGCGGCUCUUCUGUGGUGUAACGUGUAUAAGCGUCUCUUCUGUGGUGUGACUUGUAUAAGCGUCUCUUCUGUGGUGUGACUUGUAUAAGCGUCUCUUCUGUGGUGUAUCGUGUAUAAGCAGCUCUUCUGUGGUGUACCGCUCCUGAUAGGCUGCCGGUCCGCAGCAGAUUUGAAAUAGUAGCGCCGCAGUCAUAGGAGCCGCAGUGCCGCCAACCACAGACUCCUCCUCGCUACACCUCCGCCACCCUCAGCCGCCCUCAGUCCUUCUCUGCACCUUUGCAACCUCCGCACCAUGCCGACCACAGCCUCCUCAUCCACUGCACCGCAGACAACAGCAUCCUCAGCACCGCUGAUACUAAAGAGGAAAACGUUUCACAACUGGAUUAAUAUAAAACAAAAAAGGGAUGUUCACACAUCUUACUCAACAGGUAUAAAAGCCUAACCUACAGCAUGACACCGUAUUUUGGAGUACUUCACUGUUUCCAGCUGAGUAGACAAACUACCAGGAGAUGAGGUCAAUUAUUGGAGUUGAAUGUGGAGGUCCAGGGUCUUCAAGUAAUCCCAACUGGUGUUAUUUCUGAUAUGCCGUGGUGGUGUUGUUGGUGCUUCUGCCCUCCCUGCCUGUCUGAAGAUGACAAAGUAGCACUGUCCAUUAACAGAGAGAUUAAUAGAAUGCUUAAAUUCCACAAGAGAUCAGCACAGAGGGAGCUGAAACUCCUGCUUCUGGGAACAGGAGAGAGUGGAAAGAGCACAUUUAUUAAGCAGAUGCGUAUCAUCCAUGGAUCUGGUUUCUCAGACCAAGACCGCAUAAUGUAUGCACAACUUGUACAUCAGAACAUUGUCACCUGUGCCCAGUCUCUGGUGGGAGCUAUGGAGACCCUCCGAAUACCAUAUAUCUGGGAAGAAAAUAAGGUAAAUGGAAAAAUGAUCAGUGGUUUGGAGGUGUACAGUGUACAGCAGCUAGAAAAGCAUCAUGUUAUCGCAAUCAAGAAAUUAUGGAGUGAUCCUGGGAUUCGCAAGUGUUAUGAGAGGAGAAGGGAAUUCCAGUUACUUGACUCUGCCUUCUAUUAUCUGACCAACUUGGAGCGUAUCACACAAGAUGGAUACAUGCCCACAAAUGAGGACAUUCUGAGGAUUCGAGUGCCAACUACAGGAAUCAAUGAGUACUGCUUCUCUGUGGACAAGGUUAAUCUUCGGAUGGUGGAUGUUGGGGGACAGAAAUCGGAGCGAAAAAAGUGGAUCCACUGCUUUGAGAAUGUGAAUGCUCUCAUCUAUCUGGCAUCACUCAGUGAAUAUGACCAACAACUGGAAGAAAACAGAAAAGAGAAUCGCAUGCGUGAGAGUCUGGCCCUAUUUAGGAGCGUAAUGGAACUGCCUUGGUUUAAAGAGACUCCAAUUAUUCUUUUCCUCAACAAGACUGACCUAUUGGCUGAAAAAAUCUGCAGCUCUGAUUUAGCGACAUACUUCCCAAAAUUCAAAGGUCCCCGCCAUGAUGCUGAAGCUGCUACAAAAUAUAUAAUGAGAUACUAUGAAGAGAUCUUUCUUAAAACAAAAAUACUUGAUGUAUUUGGAAAGGUGAAGAAGGAUGGAGCCCGCACACUUUACAUCCAUGAAACCUGUGCCACAGAUACACAAAACAUCCGCAAAGUGUUUAAUGAUACAAAGGAAGCAGUGCUCAGGAAGUAUCUUAUAGAGUUUGGAAUUGUAUGACAGAUACUUCUGGACUCCUUUGGGAUCUGACGGGUCAUAUACUGUACCAAGGAAACAUUGAAAGUGCUGGUUUUUACGUCAUUCCAUCUGUUUUUAGGUUUUACAGUUAAUAAUGUGACUAAGAUGUGUCCUUGUGAACAAAGUUGACAUUGUUUCCAAAUUGUUCACAGAAUUGCAGAAGUAACCCGGGGCAAUUGGCUAACUGAAAGGAGGUUUUGGUAGUCAGUGAUUAUUCCUCACAUGGAACGUGGGAGCAAGCCAAACAAGCACAUUUCAUAGUCUGAUAUUUAAAUGAGGAAAAAGGGGAACUGAUUAAGGAUACAUCUAUUCUUAUACUAGAAAUUGGAUCAAUGCUGCAUUGCUGGGCCCACAGCAAACAUUUGGUUGAGGUUCUCUGUAAUGCCCAUCCAUCUUCCUGAGACUCCCGCUCUGCUUUCCUGAUCAUGCACAUGGCCUCUCUUACUUCUGAGGCCCAUAGCCGCAGCUGACCAUACAACUUUGGUAGUGCCACACCUGGUGCAUACUAAUGGGUAAUGAAGAAUUUUUGUGACAAUUGA